CGUUCCAUAGAAACAAGGUAUACAGUAUACACGUAAAAAUGGGGAGUGAAUGAUACAGAGGCAUCUAUAUUACAGGCACAAGAAAAUCCAUCUUUCUCGCUUCAAACAUCUCUUCCUCCAUUUCAUUGUCUGCCCCAGACACCAGAAGGCGUUGUCUCUAUAUGUGCACCAUCAGUGGCAGAUGAUCCAAACCUAAUUUAGCUUCAACUUCACACAUUUUUUUACACUUCAACUGCCAUUCACCCUUUCUUUGUCAUAUUCACGAGGAUAAAGGUUUCUUCAAGACCAACCCAGUGGACUCAACAACUAUCAGAAUCCAUACUGGAUUGUUUACAGAACGGCUUCCAGUGGACACAGCAUCAGAGGCGAUAUGACUCGAAGGUUAAGAAGAAGGUUGUCACACUUGGGCAAAAAUAAGGAAAUUGUAGACAGUAAUUCAGAGAUUUCAGAUGGUGGAUGUUUGCAUUUGAAUACUAUCAGGGACAUUGAUUGGACAACCUUGCCUGAUGACACAAUUGUUCAACUCUUUUCCUAUUUGAAUUAUCGAGACCGAGCUAGCUUGUCAUCAACAUGUCAAACAUUUAGAUUAUUGGGUUCCUCCCCAUGUUUGUGGGAUUCACUAGACCUCCGGUCCCACAAGUUUGAUAUUGAGGCAGCAGAGUCACUUUCUUCUAGAUCCAGAAAUCUCCAGAAGCUUAGAUUUCGAGGGGCAGACUCAGCUUGUGCAAUAAUCAAUCUUCAAGCAAGGGGGCUUCGUGAAAUCAGUGGUGAUUUCUGUCCAGAUAUCACAGAUGCUAUAGUGUCAGUCAUAGCAGCUCGACAUGAGAUGCUUGAGAGUCUCCAACUUGGGCCAAAUGCAUGUGAAAGAAUCAGCAGCGAUGCAAUCAAAGCAAUAGCUCUUUGUUGCCCCAAGUUGAGAAGGCUUCGUCUUUCAGGUGUUAGAGAAGUUAGCAAAGAUGCAAUAAAUGCUUUGGCUAUGCAUUGUGGGAAUCUACUGGAGGUUGCAUUGAUGGAAUCAGAAAAUGUUGAUGAAAUGGCAUUGGGAAACUUGACUACUGUACAAUUUCUAUCACUUGCUGGAACAAGAAACCUGAAAUGGGGUAUAGCCUCACAAGUGUUAAGUAAAUUGCCCAAGUUGGAGGGGUUAGAUGUGUCAAGAACAGAUAUAAGUUUGAGUUUUAUUAGGAGACUAAUUUCAUGGUCUGAAAAUUUAAAAGUCUUGUUUGUUCUGAGCUGCCCAGUUUUUGAGGCUGAAGUUGAUAAUGACAUGGUAUAUAUUCAUAAGGGUAAAAUAUUACUAACUGUUUGUAAUGACAUUUUCAAGGAAGUAUCCUCAUUAUUUGCAGAUGCUUCAGAAAGUAAUAUGCUCCCUUAUUGGAGGAGUUUAAAAAUCAGAGAGCAAAGCUUGGAUAAGAUUGUUUUGUGGAUUGAAUGGGUACUCUCUCAUUCACUUCUACGUGUUGCAGAGAACAACCAAAAGGAGCUUGACAUUUUCUGGGUCAAACAAGGGACAAAUUUAUUGCUUCAUUUGUUGCAAAGUUCAGAAGAAGAUGUUCAAGAAAGAGCAGCUACUGCACUAGCAACUUUUGUUGUCAUUGAUGAUGAAAAUGCCACCAUUGAUUGUCAAAGGGCUGAGGCAGUUAUGCAGAAUGGUGGAAUACAGUUGCUUUUGGACCUUGCAAAAUCUUGUCAUGAGGGGCUUCAAUCAGAAGCAGCAAAGGCGAUCGCAAAUUUAUCUGUUGAUUCAAAAGUAGCAAAGACUGUUGCUGAAAUUGGAGGAAUUAAUAUCCUUGCCAGUUUAGCUAGGUCAAUGAACAGAUUGGUUGCUGAAGAGGCUGCAGGAGGCCUAUGGAAUCUUUCUGUUGGAGAAGAGCACAAGGGUGCCAUUGCUGAGGCUGGUGGUAUAAAGGCUUUGGUUGACCUUAUUUUCAAAUGGCCCUUUUGCAAUGAUGGAGUUCUUGAACGAGCAGCUGGAGCACUUGCAAAUUUAGCUGCUGAUGACAAAUGCAGCAUGGAAGUUGCAAUGGCAGGUGCUGUCCAUGCGCUGGUGAUGCUUGUUAGGCAUUGCAAUUUUGAGGGAGUGCAAGAGCAGGCUGCUCGUGCAUUGGCAAACUUGGCUGCUCAUGGAGAUAGCAACAAUAAUAAUGCUGCUAUUGGGCAAGAGGCAGGUGCAAUUGAAGCAUUGGUCCGACUCACUUAUUCUCAACAUGAAGGUGUAAGGCAUGAGGCUGCUGGCGCUUUAUGGAAUUUGUCUUUUGAUGACAAAAAUCGAGAAGCAAUUGCAGCAGCUGGUGGUAUCGUGGCCUUGGUUUCUCUUGCGCAAUCUUGCUCAAAUUCCUCUCAAGGUCUUCAAGAAAGGGCUGCAGGUGCUCUCUGGGGAUUGUCGGUAUCAGAAGCUAACAGUGUUGCUAUCGGACAAGAAGGCGGUGUCGCUUCACUUAUUGCAUUAGCACGCUCAAGCGAUGCAGAUGUCCAUGAGACUGCUGCAGGUGCUCUUUGGAAUCUGGCUUUUAAUCCUGGUAAUGCACUUCGCAUAGUGGAGGAUGGAGGAGUUCCAGCCCUUGUUCACAUUUGUACUAAAUCACUUUCAAAAAUGGCACGAUUUAUGGCUGCAUUGGCAUUGGCGUACAUCUUUGAUGGAAGAAUGGAUGAAAUUGCUGCGGUGGGGCCUUCAUCAGAUGGUGAUAUAAAGAGUGUGACACUAAAUGUGGUUAAAAGGAUAUCCCUGAAGCAUAUUGAAGCAUUUGUGUGUUCAUUUUCUGAUUCAAAAACUUCUGACACUGUAAUCAAAUUAUCAGCCCCAACAGCUCUUACACAAGUAGCAGAAGCGGCAUGCAUACCAGAAGCUGGACUUCUAAGAUGCAGUGCAGCAGAAAUUGGAAGAUUUGUUGCAAUGUUACGGAAUCAUUCUUCCAUACUCAAGGCCUGUUCUGCUUUUGCUCUUCUCCAGUUUACCAUGCCCGGAGGACGACAUGCAACUCAUCACACGAACCUGUUGCAAAAUGCAGGAGCGCCAAGGAUCUUGCGAGCUGUUGCUGCAUCAGCAUCAGCCCCUUUUGAAGCAAAAGUUUUUGCAAAAAUUGUUAUUUGGAACCUGGAACACUACCAUGUGGAUGCCAAUUCCAGAAAUAACGGGUAGCAUUUUCAAAGUUGCUGCCUUCCACUGGGAUAUUCUUCCAAUGUAACCAACAUGAACUCCCCUUAACCUAUGCAAAGCAGUUUGGUUGAGUUUCGGGAGGCUUGGAGGUUCAUGCAAAUCUUCUGGCUUUUGCAAAAAGUUUUGCUCCAGGAGUCCAGCUGAUGUUGUGUUGGAAAGCUCCUGGAAAUGCAAAAAUUGGGGAUGUCCCCUCGUGUAAAUCAGGGAGGGAGGCUGGAUAAAAUCUUUGUGCAUGUUGAGUUAUGAGUUAGUUUACUGUAUUCAAAUGAACUUAGCAUACAUUUUUACAUUCUCAAUCCUGAUAAUAAAAAAACUAGGCUUGGAGCAA